GGAUGUUUUUUUGCUUUAACGAUUGGUCAGAUCAGCUGAUCCCAUCAUCAUCAUCAUCUCUCGGACAGCAACACCCCGUGCUAGCUAAACAUAGCUAGUAGUAAAAGUUAUGACAGGACAUGCCGGUUUAGUGUACGAUGAGGUUCUGACCUUGGUAAGCUAUUAAGAGCAUCUGGCCACCAAGCAGACUGAAUGCUCUAAAUUGAGACUAACUAUGCCUUAUCUCUGAGAAUGGGAGGAAGUGGAUCCAAAGCCAAAGGUGUCUGGCCUUUCUCAGGCAGUGGAGGCGAUUCAGGAAGCGAUGGGAAUGAGCAGUCCCUGGCCCGGCUGAAAGGCUCUAAGAAUGCAACACCGUUUGUUUUUACCAGGAGGAGUUCUUUGUACUAUGAUGAAGAUGGUGACCUUGCCCAUGAAUUCUACGAGGAGACCGUCGUGACAAAAAAUGGCAGAAAGAAGUCCAAGUUGAAGAGGAUUCAGAAAAAUCUGAUUCCGCAGGGAAUUGUGAAGCUUGAGCACCCGUGUAUUCAUGUCGAUUUCCCCAUCGUCCUCUGUGAGGUGUGACAAGUUGCACAGUGACUCAUCUGCCAUGAGGUGCAGCCACAGGUCCUCUUCUCACAGUCUUGGUUCCAGUCCAGAGAGCUGCAGUCAAGACCUGGACCUGCGGUCUCCAGUUAAAAAGGAAAAUUCAAACUGUCAUAUGAAACAUGAUGUAUUGAAUUAAAUGUUAUACAUUUGAAUUCAAUAAGUCCUUUGACAUUCACAAAAGUAGUGAUGCUACAAGUUGUGUUUCUACUACCCAGCUGAUAUGUAAGCAGUCUUAGAGAAUACUUCAGAUGAAGUCGUGUUUCUCUUGUUCAGUUUUUUGCAGGGAAAAACAUCCUUGAUGUGAAAAGGCUUUAAUGGUUCAUGCCUUCUGUGAGAUGUACACUCUGUGUUUUUGUACAUGUGCUAGUUUUAUUUGGGUGCAUGUGUGAACUAUGGAUGCAAGAUGUAGUUACAGGGUGGAAAUGAUAAAGGAUUGUGGAAUUUAUUGUAUAUACACUCAUGUUCUGUAUUGUCACGUCUGAGUUGGUCUCAGUUAUUGGCGCUCGGACCUGCACUAGUGAGCAUAAUGUAUUGUAAAUGAAGUCAGAUUUCUUAGUUGAAAAUACUUGAAUAAAUGGUUUA